AUGAAAGCAACAUAUCAACUCAAUCAAGAAAAACUGGAAUAUAAUUUCCAAGUUUUGAAAAAACGAGAUGAAGAAAAUACCAUCACGAAAUCGCAGCAGAAAAGAAAAAUUACCAGGUACGACAAUAAUGUGGGGUCAUGUGUGGGCAGGUACGACAAUAAUGUGGGGUCAUGUGUAGGCAGGUACGACAAUAAUGUGGGGCCAUGUGUGGGCAGGUACGACAAUAAUGUGGGUCAUGUGUGGGCAGGUACGACAAUAAUGUGGGUCAUGUGUGGGCAGGUACGACAAUAAUGUGGGGCCAUGUGUGGGCAGGUACGACAAUAAUGUGGGUCAUGUGUGGGCAGGUACGACAAUAAUGUGGAUCAUGUGUGGGCAGGUACGACAAUAAUGUGGGGUCAUGUGUGGGCAGGUACGACAAUAAUGUGGGUCAUGUGUAGGCAGGUACGACAAUAAUGUGGGGUCAUGUGUGGGCAGGUACGACAAUAAUGUGGGGUCAUGUGUGGGCAGGUACGACAAGUAGAUAAGACACUGCAUGUGAUUUGUCUUCGCAUUUGAAUGCGGAGAUGUUAUAUAUAUAGUUUCAUGAUAGGUGACUUGCAGUCGCGCCGUGGCCAGGGGGCAUGCCCCGCCCCCCCUAUUGUUGUCGGAAUCUUCGUGCUGAAGCAUCGAAACAAUUGCUAGAAAAAUAGGAAAAGUGCUACGAAAGCACUUGUAAUGUUAUUGUCCGGAAAAAUUUCUUUACGAAAAAAGUUGUCGACGGGGGGGAGGGGGAGAGAGAAGUUUUAAAAUCGGUUGUCGUCCGGAAAAAUUUUUCGGUUUGUCGGAAAAGUACUGCCCUUGCCCCCCCCCCCUAAAAAAAAAAAACAUGGGACCCACGGCGCCUGCCACUGGUGACUUGCAAUGUUUUGUUCCAUUUAGGUUGCAAGAUUCUUUGAAUAAUUUAAAGUCAAAACUGGCAAAACAAGAAAAGACAUACAGGUGAGUCUCUCUUUUUUUUCUUUGUUUCUCCUCCUUCAUCGCUUCUAAAUGUUCAGCCUCCUUCGUUGCCAUAAUCGUCUUAAUCACUUCAUCUUACUCUUGUUACUCUUCGUUUUUCACGCACUCUUUUUCAUCAUUAAUUCCUUGAUUAUGUCAGUUAAGGAGCUUCACUGGCACAAUCCUUAGAGCAAGCUCCUCUUUGAUCGUGGGUUCGAUUCUCCACCAAAAGUCGUGGAUUGUCUCCGGGAAAUCCGGUUUCCCUCUAUAGGGGAUGUUGAUAGGAUGGGUUCGAAAAAACCCCUGACUUUCACUGUAGCUGUGCUUCGUGAUCCGACAUGAAUCAUACGGUGACUGCCAGGGGCACCCCUGGAAUUAGCACACCCCUACUUACUUAAUACUUAUUCCACCUCUUUCCUUCUUGUAUACACGUGUCAAACGAAUGGCUCGUCUUGGUCGACUAUCCGUCAACAUUCGCAGUGUUUACUAUAGAUCUCAUGCUUGUCGAACUAAUAUUAAACAGUUCACCAUUUUAUACUCAGGACCGAAUAUUUGGAAUUCUUUACCUACAAAUAUAACUGUUAUAAACACAAUCUCUUCUUUCAAGACGCAGCUUCGUAA